GGUCACGCACCGACGGAGCUGACUUGAUUCUGCGCGGUGGAGAUUCAAACCAGUGUCUUGGGGACGAUACACUGGUGGUCAGGACGACUGGCAGGGCAUUCGGGACGAAUCUCCAUCCCAAAGGAUCUAAAACAGCGAGCUGAGAGUCUGACAGAAAGGAUAUUCUGCGCGAUUUGUUCCUGUAUCACCACGGAUAGCUGGAAGUCAUCGCCAAGACAACUCGAACUAUAAACAAGCGACAGGCCCGUGUCAGGGCUUCGUGACUAGACAACACACGUUGGAAAUACUCCAGAUUUUCGGAUAUCAACAAACCGUGGGGAACUUUCCAUAUAAUCUACAUAUGGAUACUAGUUUCUAGCGCAACGUGCAGCUGUGAGCUUGGUGACGUCAUUUUCAGACGACAGUACCAUACCGUCAGAACAGUGUGCAGGAGAGAAGUGUAAGGAUGUUGCGCGGGAAGAAGAAAGGCGGGAAGGCGACUCCUGAGGAGGCAGAGCUGGACCGGGAGAUCACCAUACUGCAGCACCAGCGGGACCGGCUUCUGAAGAGGAAACAGCUGGUAGAUCUCAGGAAAGAGAUCGCCAUGCUGCAGAUCGAGACAGAACAGUUAGCACAGAACCAGGGGCCGGGCGGGCCGGGCGGGCCGGAUCCAAACUUCGACUCCGUGUCUAUGUGUUCCGUGAACACGGCAGCUCUGGAGUAUAUGGACCCUGGGAACGUGUUUGAACCAGAGUACCCUGGGCAGGGGCUGCAGCCUCUCCAUUGGAUGGGCCCAAACUACCGGCGGAAGCGCACAUCUUCUAUCUCUGACGUGUCCAUAGCUUCAUCUUUGAUGGAAGAGCACAGUUCAACAAGCGCAGCGGAGGACUCCCCCACCCGGCGGGGUCGGAGGUCAUACCGAGAGGAUUCUGGGAACGCCACAGAUACCAGCUCUAUCGCCAGCGAGCAGGAAUUCCAGUGGGACGAGCGUUUGGCGGCCCUCUCCCCCACACUAGCGGCAGAGGCUCGGGAGGUCCGCAGUCAUGAGGAAAUAGGGCUGGACUUUGGCGUUCCUGUCAUUGAUGAUGUAAAUCCGAAAGACGAGAAAACAAGAAAGCCCAAGAGAACCCGGUCCUUGUUGUUUGGGAAGAAGUCGUCCUCUGAGCAGAAGUUGAAGAGACAGGGCUCACUGCCCAUCAAGACUGGCGAGAAACGACAAAGUAGCAAGGACUGGGACCUAACACGACCCCUACCCAGCAGCACCACCUACCCGUCGUCUGCUGAAGAACAACAACGCAAGGACCCGUCCUUGAGUGUGCUAAGCUUACAAGACGGCGAGUUUGAAGACAUCUUGGAAGAAGAAAUGGGGGAGUUCUUAGCGGACUACAGCUUCAACACCUUCGCGCUGCGUCACUUCAUGGGCGGGAAGAACCACUCCUUCACGAAGGAGCAACUUAAACAGCCGCUACUCAAGCUCAAGUCGGAAGAUGAUCAGCAGGCGGCGCUGGAGGUAUGGGUCACCAUACAGAAGUUCAUGGGAGACGUGGCAGACACGGACGUGGUCGAGUUUAUAUCCAGAAAAAAGCCUCCCAUUAAACGAAGGAUGAGUUUCAGGAAUUUUGGCGCGAAAAUCACCGGUAAGAAGUCAUCCAAGUACGACCUGUCCACGGAUAAUGCCGCCAAAGAGGCCGCAGUCAACAACGAGGUGGCUCAACAACCGGAAGUCCUGCCACCAACAUCCGGUGUGGAGAAGGUCGCGUUCAUCACUGGAUAUGGAAUCUACAGCAAACCGCUCAGGGACGAGAUCUACUCCCAGCUGAUGAAACAGUUAUCGGACAACCCAUCGGAGCGGAGCCGAGAGCGAGGCUGGUUCCUGUUGUCGCUGUGUGCCGGGUGCUUUGCACCGUCCAGUCUGGUGACGAAGGUGGUUCGUUACUUCAUCAGCGGCCACGCCCCACCUGAGUACAGCCUGUACUGUGAGGAGCGACUGCGUAGAACCUGCUCUAAUGGCACCAGGAGUCUUCCACCGCCACAGCUGGAGUAUAACGCUGUAAAAAAAAGAAGACCAAUAUUGGUGGCCGUCACUCUCAUGGAUGAGCGGGUGGUGAAGGUAGAAGUAGAUUCGGCGACGACAAUUCGUGAGCUCAGGAUCCAGCUGUCAGAGAAGAUCUCCCUUCUGGAUCACUUUGGAUUUGCCUUCUACAUCACCAUGUUUGAUCAGACAAUCUCGUUAACAAGCGGCAGUGCCCAGUGGGAGCACCAUAUCAUGGAUGCCAUCUCACAUGUGGAACAGACUGGCAGGGAUGAGGGUCUGUCGGGAAAAGAUGUGCAGUGGGAUCUGUUCUUCAGAAAAGAGGUGUUUGGCCCGUGGCACGACCCAUAUAAGGACCCUGUGGGAACCACCCUCAUCUACCACCAGUUAGUGGGAGGACUCAAGUAUGGAGAGUACAAGUGCCAGGAUGAUGCUGAGUAUGCAGAGUUCUCUGCUAGAAGAUUCUACAUCGAGCACGGCUCGAGCGUCUCUGAAGAGGGCCUGAUUGAGGUUAUACAGACUUAUGUCCCAGAUAAACUGCUGAAGAGGCUGGGAGCAGGCUACUGGGUCAAUGCUACAAUGGACAGUUUCAAGAAGCUGUAUCCCGAUGGCACGACAGUCUCGUCUCAGGAUGAGAAGGCUGUACUUGUACAACAGGCCAUGGACAAGUGGGCACAGCUCUUUUCAAGAUUUUUCGUGAUUAAGAAGAUGAGUGGCCCAGGCAUCACCCUGAAGAGGUCUGCGGUGGCAGCUGUGAACUGGAAGGAGUUGUCAGUUCUGGAGGAGAGCGACUCCGGCAGGGGGACCAAAGUAGCACUGCUGGUGCCGCUAACGGACGUCAAGUCCGUGUCAAAGAGAAAUGUUUUUCAAAUUAGGGGUACGGACACCGAUGACGAGUUUACCGUGAAGACCACGCGCGGACCGAAGUUCACGUUCAUCAUGAACAACGCAGAUGAGAUCCAGGAAAUGCUGCAGGCGUUCGUGGGACGCCACAUCCUGGAGAUCCACCACCCUGUACAGCCAACCGAGGAGCACGGGGAAGAGUCUGCUGCUUAGAGACAGAUGAUUGACAUCAUCAUGGAAACAAGCCUUGCUGCUAUAUGCUAGAUAAUCAGGACUUAUUUCUGGAUCGACAUCUUCUAUUGCUGCGAGAAGUGCACUGAAGUUGUUUAGCAUGCAAAAUACAAAAGCUAACUGACCAAGUCUAUCACAGUAGAGUACUGAUGACAACUUAGUUGCUGAAGUAUUUUAGCCAUAUUUUGCGGCCAUGUUGACGGAGCUAAAUGGAAAUAGCAGUUCAUAUAUUGCAAUUGUAUAAAGCUAUGCAAGUCUUGCCAUCAUUUUUGUAUGGAUUGUAUGACAAGGAACCAUAUCUUUUGUAAAAUAUUUGGUGCUGUAUAUCAGCCUGAUUAGAUUGUGCUGCCAGGAUGUUACAUAAUUGUUGUCAUCAUAUUGCCUUUGCCAUGCCUUCAACUGGAGUACUCAAGUUGUUAGAGAGGCUUAAUGUACCACAUAUAUAUGAUCAGUAUUUUAGAAUGUAUAAGUUAGCAGUGGUGUACUGUAACAUUUUAUACUGUAUAAUACAGUUAAUGUAUUGUAUUUAUGGUGUAUUUAUAUCUAAGACCUAUAUUUACUUCAUUUGCACAAUUAUAUAGUGACAGUGGAUGUUAAGAUAUUGUGUCUUGCCAAUGGUCAUAUUUAUUUGGUGAUAUUCCUUUUUCCUGGUUACCAAAUCUGUGUAGUGGGUAUAAAGUAGAAUAUCAGGGAAGGUGCAUAAGUUAGCUAGUUUCUGUGCUUGAGGAAAUGUAUAAUAUUUGCUUAAUAUGUGGAUGAAGGUUAGACAUCAGGUAAUAAGAUACGCCAAAAAGCAGUUAUUCAAGCAACUGGAUUAAUCGUUAAUGAGUAUUGCUUUUUGGCAUUUCUUUGCUUACUUUUCAGUCUUUCUCAUGCCAGGGUGUCGUCACUCCUAAGGAGGAACUCACUGUAAAAUGUACAUUGUUCACUUUGUACACGUAACUGUAGAUGAUCUACUCUUAAUGUUAUCAUUGUGGAUCAUGUUGCUGAAGGCUUUAAAACAUGGUAAAACAAACUAGGUAUCAAAAAUUAUACUACAUCUAUUAACAAAUGGAGACUGAUUCUAGUGGGCUCUUGCUAUAUUUAGUUUUUAUAUUCAAUGUUGCAAUGAAUAUACAAUGUAUGAAUCAA